CUGCUCAUAGUUCAAGUCCCUCGGUCCUUGCGCUGGCUGCCAGGGCGACUCUGGGCCCAUGGAGAGACCGGUGAAGGAUGGGAUCCUCUAUGUGCAGCACUGCAAAUUUGGAAAGAGGACCUGGAGGAAGAUGCGAGCCCAGCUCUUUGCUGCCAGCCCCUCUGGCGUGGCCCGCAUGGAGAAGUUUGAUGUGCGGGAUGAUGGCACAGUGCUGGAGAAGACCUCUCUGCGGCGCUGUGCCCGCCGGGUCAUCCGCCUCUCGGACUGUGUCUCCGUGGGCCCCGCAGGCACUGAGAGCUGCCCCAAAGCCACCGCCGCCUUCUACCUCAACACCACAGAGAAGAGCUACGUGCUGGCAGCCGAGCAGCGGGAUGAGUGGAUUGCCCAGCUCUGCCAGCUGGCCUUCCAGGGUGCAAAGGAGACGGCAGAGAGCAGCGCCAGGCCCCAGCCCAGCCCUGCUGUCCCCAUGGAGGAGAAUUCCCUCUACUCCUCCUGGCAGGACUUGACUGAAUUCCCAGUGCUGGUGGUCUGGACGGAUGCAGCCGCCCGCUGCGGCCUGCACGGGCAGUACCUGCUCUCGGCCCUUCCCCAGAGCCUGACGCUGAAGGAUGCGCAGUCCCGCCAGCCCCUGCUCACCUGGCCCUACCCCUUCCUCCGCAAGUUUGGUCAGGAUCAGACUGUCUUCUCCUUCGAGGCUGGCCGCCGCAGUGACUCCGGUGAGGGCACCUUCACCUUCAGCACCCCGCGGGCUCUGGAGCUGUCCCGGGCUGUGGCUGCCGCCAUCGCCUGCCAGCAGCAGGGCAAAGAUGCCCCAGACCCCCGGCUCUUCUGUCCCCUGGACCCCCAGCUCUCUGUACAGGGCCCCGAGCCCCAGCACUGGGGCCCUGGGACUGAGGACGCCCAACCUAGCCCCCGGGGGGGGGCACAGCCUGCUUCCCUCCCCCCUGCCAGCCUCCUUCAUUUCCCGGAGCCUGAGGUCACAGGCCCCAUCGUCUAUGCCUCCAUCGCUCGGGGCCAGCAGUCCCUCUUUGCAUCGGGGCAGCCAGGCUCCAGCAAGCCCUGGGCUGCAGAGAAGCUGCCCCCUGAGCAUCUCUAUGAGAACAUCUUCACCGCGGAGCUCGGUCCCGCUGGGGCGGAGGAGGAGGAGGAGGAAGGGCAGUGGGAGCUGGGGUGCCGGCAGGCGCCCGAGGGCCACAGUAGCAUCUGCUCGGCCGGCUGCCGGAGCGCCAGCCUGGCUGCUCUGCCGGGCGCCUCGGGUGGCAUCACGCAGCUCCUGCGCUGCUGA